AAGGUGUGCGGUACAGUGGAGGAGGCUAAGGUCGCUUUCUGUGUAUUCGGUACUUAUGGAAGUUGCAUGUACCGAUGAGGUUAAGGUUUAUAAAGACGAAGGUGAAGAAGAUGAGCAGAAAAAGUCGUCGGAAAACUUAACUGAAGAUAAAGUGGGUCUGGUGAUUGAGGGUGAAGGUCAGUGUACACAGAAAGGAUCAUUCAAUUUUGGAUUCUUAUCUCUAGAUGAUUAUUACCAUUCAUUCUUUCCACUGCCAUUUGUUACCGGUUCUCCAUCAUUUCCUGUCAAUGCUUCUUCAUAUGCUGCAGCCGCUGCGGCUGUGGCGGCCGCAGCAGCUGCUGCAGCGGCCGCUCAUCAACAGGGUCAAGAUGUACAAAAUCAAUUCUCCUAUCCUACUUCAUCAUUGUCAUCGCCACAUUCUUGUGGAUCUGAUACAUUUGGAAGGCCAGCUCAUAUAACUAAUGAAGGAAGGAAAUCACAACUAAAUGAAACAUUAACUGGUUUAAAUACAGAUGAUCCUGUAUUACGAUGUGCUAAUCCCUUGACAAAUCGGUUUCAGUCUGCUUCUGGUUGUCAAACUAGUUGUGUUUCUCCGAUGUUUCCUUCCUUUGGUGGACUCUCCCCAUCGUUAAGUGCUUUCAUGGCUGGACCAUUCUACAGUGUCGCUUUACAAGCAGCUGCAGUGGCUGCAGCGGUAUCAUCUGGUUCAUCUAGUCCAAAAUUGCAAUCAACAUUUUGGCCACAACCAAGUGUUCAUUCACCUGUGCCUUUUAGAAUUCCAACUCCUAAUCCUUCGUCAUCCAAUUUUAAUGUUUAUGAUAAUUUAUCUCCACAAAAUAAAUCACCGUCUUCUGUUAUAGCUGUAGCCGCAGCGGCAGCGGCAGCAGCUGCCCUCAGCCAAUCACCGUCAUCGACAUCCGCCACAGCGGCAGCUGCAUUUCAUUCAGAGUUAAUAAAAGCAGCAAAUUUAUAUAAAAUUAAUAAUUCAAAUCAACGAUUUUUGUCAAAUCAGAAUCCAUAUCAUCAUUCCCUUACUCAUGAUAGUUUAUUAUCACUAUGCACUAAUAGUAGUAAUCAGUCAUUAUCCAAUACUCUACCAUUAAAUAUUGAUAAUUCAAUUAAUAUCCAUAAUACCGCUUCUGAUAAUGUGAUCAUCGGUAGUAGUUUACGUGCCUCCAAUAAAUCAAUAUCGACAAAUUUGCCUUCACGUUCAUGUACAUUGACUGGUUCCAAAUUAGAUCAGUUCAAUUCAUCAAUUAAUCUUCAAAUAAAAACUGAAAAUGAUAAUUUUACAAACAAACACUUGACGGAAUUUUCAAGUUUAGAUAAUAGCAAUAAUAAAUCAAUUCAUAAUGAACGACUUGUUAUUCCAUCAAAUUCUUUUAGUGAACAAGAUCUUUCAUAUGAUUCUCAAAGAAGAUUAGGAUCGUCUACAUCAACAUGGACUACUAACUUAUCGGUAAAAUCAGAUUCAGAAGAAAAUCAGUUAAACCGUAGUUUAUUCACUGAUUGUUCUCAACGUGCUACGGCAGCGGCUGCCGCGGCGGCGGCUGCAGCAGCAGCUCAUGUCCAUUUUCUUUCAAGUUUAGCAGUGGCUGCAGCAGUUCACUCAUCAGCGUCAUCAUCUCCGACUCCUGCACCUCAAUUAUCUUCAUUACAUAACAGUAGUAGUUUAUCACCAAUACUAUCCCGUAAUAAUUCAGUCGAUUCAAAUUUACAACAUUCCAUUUCAUCACAUCUUGAUAUUACACAAUCAUCUUCAGUAUUGACUUCACAAGAGCCAUUAUUCUCUUUUACUGCUUCCCAACUUAAAUUACGUCAUACAAAUACCACAGAUAAUGUUGCUCAUCAAAUUUCUGGUCAUUUAAAACCAUUUAAGUCUUUUGGUUCAAUCACUGAUAAUGUAUGCGCAUCAUCUCAUAAUACAUUUCACAAAUCAAUUAAUGAUCCUUCAAUUAUGAAACAUUCAGAAAUAAUCACAUCGACUAAUUCAUUGCCAAUUUCUUUUCCAUCUACAUGUUUUGUUAAUCCAUCACUUUGUUAUAAUUUUCAAAGGAAUUCUCCUGAAUUAUCUAUAGAUAAUACAUCAGGAUCACAUUAUCAAAUGUGUAAUAAUCGAAUGUAUUCUAGUCCUCUUGGAGUAAAUCCUUUAAAAUUGCCUACGUUGACAUGUACUACAUGUACUAUUACUAAUACUACUACUACUAUUACUACUACUACUAGUAAUAAUAAUAAUAAUAAAAGCAAAAAUGCUACUACUAUCACUACUACUCAUAAUGAGACAAGUAGUUUUGACGAUGAUAAUGAUGAUGAUGAUGUUGUUGUUGAUCAUAGAAGUAAUAAUAAUAAUGACAAUAAUAAUAAGGAUCAUUGUAAUCCACCUCAUCAACAACAAAUAAUCAAUUCAACAUCGAAUUCCAAUUCAACUAAACGUGUUCAUAUUAAAAAACCAUUAAAUGCAUUCAUGUUAUUUAUGAAAGAUAUGCGACCAAAAGUACAAGAAGAAUGUACAUUAAAAGAAUCAGCUGCAAUUAAUCAAAUUCUAGGCAAAAAAUGGCAUGAAUUAUCACGUGAAAAACAAGCAAAAUAUUAUGAAUUAGCUAGAAAAGAAAAAGAACUUCAUCAUCAGCUGUUUCCUGGCUGGUCAGCAAGAGAUAAUUAUGCUAUACAUUCGAGACGUAAGAAGAAACGAAAAUUGGCAGCUGCAGCAGCUGUUGCACAAACGAAAAUUCAUUCAACCAGUGGUAAAACUCUUGGUAAUACUGGUAUUCACUUAUCUUCGGAAUCCGGUGGGGAUUUUGGCAAUUCCGAUUCAAAUGAAGAGCGUACUAAUAGACUAUCUGUAUUAGUAGGUAAUACAAACUCUACGGAUAUAAGCAGUGCUAAAAAAUGUCGUGCACGUUUUGGUUUAGAGCAUCAAAAUCGUUGGUGUAAACCAUGCAGACGAAAGAAAAAAUGUAUUCGUUUCUUGACAGAUACUGAAUUUGAAGAUGAGAAUAAUUUUCCAGUAUCUUCUAUAUCACCAUCUACAACAUUGAAUAAUUCAGAAAAACCAUCUAGAUCAUUAACAACAACAACAACGACCACAACCACACCAUCAUCAUCAUCAUCAUCAAUAACGAUAGCAUCAUCUCAACAAUCAAAUCUUCCUAACUAUUGUAAAUCAAAACAUUUUUAUACAUCAUCAACUGAUCUAAUUAGUGGAUUGUAUCCUAGUAACACUACUACUACUACUACUACUACUACUACUACUACUACUACUAAUAGUAAUAAUAAUAAUAAUAGUCUCUGGUCAAAUUAUACACCAAAUUUUCAUCGUGUUAUAUCAUCUAUUGGUGAACGACGAUCAGUUGAUCAUUCAUUAUCACAGAAUAAUCAUCCUAAAAUGAAUGAUCAAAAUUUCAUUGAUGAAUCUUUAUUAACCUAUAUGUCAAGAGGUUCACAUUAUUUAUCUGAUCAUAGUAAUUCAAUAAUAUCACCAUUUACUUCAACGGUUAUCUCUGAUAUCAUUCAUUCAAAUGUUUUAUCCAAUAAUCAAAUUGAAAAAUCUUCAAAUUCUUUAAUUUCAACACAUUGUACAACUAUAUCACCACCACCACCUCCACCCCCAUCAUCUUCUUCUUCUUCGUCGAUUUCAUUAUCGAAAUGGUCUCAAAAACAUUUAUUCAAUCUUGCUACAUUACAAAAUAUUUCUUCAGGUAAAUCUAAUUUAUAUUUAAAUGAUAGUAAAAUAGCUUCUAGUCCUUCUUCUCCUAUUCCAUUAUAUUCAACACAAUUUAUAUCACAAUUACCAUCAUUAUCAUCAUCUCAAGAAGAGAAUUUCAAUAUGAAUUGUUGUAUAUCAUCUCCGUUAUUAUUAUUAUCAUCAUCAUCAUUAUCAGAUUUAUCACAUAAUAAUUGUGAUAAGAUAAUCAAUAAUAAUACUAAUACUACUAAUACUAGGAGAAAUCAUAAUCAUCAUAUUAAACGAUUUAUGCCUAUUCAUCAUUAUAAUCAUCAUAUAAAUACAUCAGUUUGUUGUACAACUAAUACUACUACUACUACUACUACUAAUAUACCAAUAAUGAGUAGUAGUAGUAGUAGUCAUAAUGUUAAUAUUUAUAAAUCCCAGUGACAUUCAUAAAAUACUUUUAUUUAUUUAAAUGCAAUAAGGGAUGUUCACUUAUCUCUUAUUGAAUAUAUUUCUCUUUCAUCCAUUUUUCUAGGUUUUUUAUUCUAUUUUUAUUUUAUUUUAUAGAUAUCAUUUCUUUCUUUCUUUCUUUCUUUUUUGUUGUUGUCGUUGUUAUUGAAAGAAUCAUAUUACGUCAUCAUUAAGAGUAAGGCUAUCUCCUUCUUCUUCUCCUCACUUUUCUCUAUUCUUGACAGCAAUAUCUUGAUGAAUACAUUUUCUAGAUUUACACGUGUGUGUGUGUGUGUGUGUGUGUGUGUGUGUGUGUGUGUGUGUGUGUGUAGAUCCUGAUCAUCACCACCAGUUUGUUUGUUUGUUUGUUGUUCAGCGCCGACAUAUUCCAACAAUGAAUGAUAUUAGUCUUAUUCUCCUGUGAUGUGAUUAUGUUCUAGGUACAUUAUUUAUUGAUUUAUUUUUAUUUCUCUACUAUUACAUAAUCACUUUUUUUUUGUUUUGUUUCUAAAGCGCCUAAUCAUCAUCAUCAUCAUCACCAUCAGUUUUCUUCUUUUUUCUCUUUAAAUUAACUCUUGUUUUUAUUCUGUUGUAUAUUUAUAAAAUCUUCUUCAUUGUUUUGCAUCAUUAUGUAACCGUUUGUUUGCUUGUUUGUUGUUGUGGUUGCUGAUCCAUCAAAAUGAAACUUCUGUUCAAGUAUUCAAUAUCAUUUGAUCGGCAAUUACUGUUUAUUAAUCUUAUAGGUAUUUUAUUAUUAUUUAUUUAUUUAUUUGUUUAUGUAAUUUUGUUUUUAUAAUUAUUUAUUUUAACCAUUUUUUUUGUAAAUAUUGACCAUCAGUUUACAUUCUCUAUUCUCUUCCUUGUUGUUGGUGUUGUCGCCGUCGUCAUCGUCAUCGUCGUUAUUGUUGUUGUCGUUGUUGUUCGCCUUCACUCUUGCUAUUUCUAGUAUGUAGACAUCCUGAUUCAUUUCUCUUAACAACUUUUUUUUUUAAAUUUUAUUGUGUAUUCUGCAUGCAAUUCAUGUAUAAACAAGUACACUAAUGAGUAUUUUUUUUUGUCAACUUGAGCUUUAAAACAUUCUCUCCUUCAGUUUUAUCAUGAUGAUGAUGAUUUAAACAAUUGUAUACAUCCCUGGUGUUAAAUCAUGUCAGAAUAUUAGUAGUUAAAUGUUUUUCUCUUAGUUAAUAAUACCACCUUCUAUCCUCCGCCUCCAACCCAUAUCUCUCUCUCUCUCUCUCUCUCUCUCUCUCUCUCUCUCGUUCUUCCCCUUAUCUCCCUGCAUAGAAACAUGAUCAAAUAACUUCUCGUUAAUGUGUAAUUUAUUUUAUUUUUGUUUUUCUGUAUGCAAUUGUUACUGUAAUAGAGAAGUUUAAUUAUUUUCACUUAUUCAUUACAUAACUAAUGAUAAUAAUAAUAAUGAUCGUAAUCAAAUUUAAGCAGCGUUUAUUUCACAUAAUUAUGUAUGUACAAUUUAUAUUGUAUUACUUAAUUAAUCUCCCUCUCUCUCUCUUUCUUUUUUAUUUCGCUUAUUUUCUGUGUUCUUCUUAUUACAACCUAAUUAUGCAUGAAAUUCAUUGUUAUUUUGUUUGUGAAUAAUAAUGAAAUAUAUUUAACACUAAUCAUUUCUAUCAAAAGGACGGUUUUAUGAUGAGUUUAUAAUCAUUUGAAUAAUUGAAUUCAUGAAUUGAUUCAAGCUAGAUGACCAUGGAAGUACUGGAUCGUUGUUUCAUUCGAGUGUUAGGACUCUUCAGCAUUUCUCACAGGUUUAUUCAUAGAGAUAUUUAUGUAUGACGUGGCGAUUGUGUCAGUAUAUAGUUGUAGAGAUUACCUUUGAAAACCUGGAAGUAUUGGAUAGUUAUUUCGUCUUAUUAUGGGACUCCUCAAUAGUAUGCGUCUAUGAUUCCGCUCUCGGUAUUCGAACCCAUGGUUUUUGGUCUCGUGUGCAAACGCUUGAAUUCUAGACCAUCACUGAGCCAGCUGACAUCCAUCGGUGCUAAUGUCUAACUUCAACCAAUCUAUGAAAUUAUGCGAUCAUCUUCCAUUGUACUGAGGUAGAUAUCUGUCUCUACCUGACAUGGAUUAACUCCACCGAUCACGGCUUCUCACUAGAACUUCGAGAGUUGACUCACGAAGCUAGUCACUAGUGAGAACAUGGUAAUUAUCAGUAUGGGAUUGUGGAGAUUAUCAAUAGGUUUUUGAUUGAGAUCAUGAAUUCAUUGUUGUUAGACCACCAUCAAAAACCUAGAAGCACUGGACGGCCGUUUCGUCUUAUUGUAGGUCUCCUCAGCUGUGAUUGAGGUUAGAGAUUAACACUGUUGGAUGCUGGCUAGCUCAGUGGUCUAGAGGUUAAGCGUUCGCGCGCGAGACCGAUGGUCCUGAGUUUGGACCCCGUGGAUGCACACUGCUGAGGAAUCAAAUGAUCCCAGAUUUCCAAUCACUGGGAUUAAAGAACAGGUGGGUAGAACACUUUGGAUGAUUCUUGAAUAGACCAACCCACUGAACAUUGACGCAAUACCUACAGACGUUCCUAUAGACGACACUCCACCAACGAUCGACGAUAUCAGGAUGUCCGUCAGACAAAUUAGGAAUGGGGAAGCAGCACAACCUGACAACAUAUCAGCUAAAGCAUCGAAGUUAGAAGUAAAUACAAACAUAUUCUAUUAGGGAAGAUUUGGGGGGAAGAACAAAUGCCAACACACUGAAAAGUGGUUUAACUCAUCAGUUUACCAAAGAAAGAAGAUCUGAACAAUUGUGAGGACUACAUGGGCAUCAUACUACCAUCGGUACGAGGAAAAUAUUUAAAUAGAGUGUUGUUGAACCGGAUGAAAUAAUCAACAAACGCCCAAGUCCGAGAUCAACAGACCUGAUUCCGUGAGGAUCGGUCGUGCACAGACCGAAUCGCAAAGCUGGACAAUCGUUGAACAAUAAAUUGAACGGAACUCGUCACUAUACAUCAACUUGUUUUACUAUGAGAAAGUGUUUGACCACGUAGGUAGGAGAACCUUCAAAGUAUGGAGUACCUGAGAAAAUUGUCAGCAUCUAGAAUUCGUACGACGGAAUACACUGCAAAGUUGUGCCCUUCUAACCCAUAUACCAACAAAUGCAGGUAAAGGUAGCCAAUGGGCCUUAACAUUCUCAAUCGGAAAAGCAAGAUCUUGUAAUACAACGCAAAACACCAAACCAAUCACAUUUGAUAAAGAAGCACUGCAAAAAGUGGGAAGUUCCACAUACCUGGGCAGCAUCAUCGAUGAAAAAGGAGGGUCUGAUGCAACUUUGAAGGUAAGGAUUGGCAAAGUAAGGGCUGCAUUUCUACAAUUGAAGAGCAUAUAUAACUCAAAACAACUGUCAGCCAACAAAGUCAUAAUCUUCAGUACGGACGUCAAGACAGUAAGUUAUAUUAUGGGGAGCUCAGACUUGGAGAACUACUACAACUAUCAUCAAAAAGGUCUUAUUAUUUAUAAACAACUGCCUACUCAGAAAACUAAAUGUCCGUUGGUUGGAUACUAUCAGCUAUAGCGCACUAUGGAAGAGAACAAACGAGCUUCCAGCUGAGGAAAAUUAUAGGGCAUACAUUACGGAAACCAUCAAACUGCAUUACGAGACAAGCACUUACUUAGAAUCCUGAAGUGAAACGGAGAAGAGGAAGGCUGAAGAACACACUACGUCGGAAAUUGGAAGCAAACAUGAAAAUGAUAAAUAGCAAGUGGAAAUGAUUGUCUAGGACAGAAGUUGAUGAAGAAUAUUGAUGAUUAGCCUAUGCUCCUUGAUGAGGGGUAAGAGGCGUAAGUUUUUAUUAGCAUUAAGCUAUUAACAUUCUUGAUGAGUUGCCUAGUUGAACAAUCAUGCGUAUGUGGUCU